ACCUCAAUCCUCACGAGUGGUCACCUCAAUCCUCACGAGUGGGCCACCUCAAUCCUCACGAGUGGGCUACCUCAAUCCUCACGAGUGGGCACCUCAAUCCUCACGAGUGGGCACCUCAAUCCUCACGAGUGGGCCACCUCAAUCCUCACUCAACGUCCAGGAACACCAGUUCACACCGUCCCCAACAUACCGGGAGGCUCCGCAGAAAUGGCACCGGCUCCCACGAUACCCAGCCAUCCCUAUCCUCGGGAACCCAUAGCCAUUGUCGGCAGCGCCUGUCGGUUCCCCGGAGACUCUUCGUCGCCCUCCAAACUCUGGGAACUCCUGCGCCAGCCUCGCGACGUGCUCCGGGAGAUCCCCGACGACCGCUUCAACACGGCGGCCUUUUACCACCCCGAUGCUCUGCACCAUGGCACGACCAACGUCAAGCACGCAUAUCUGCUGGACGGCGACCUAGGCCACUUCGACGCCCAGUUCUUCGGCAUCAAGCCCGUCGAAGCCAACUCGGUGGACCCGCAGCAACGUAUUCUGCUCGAGACGGUCUACGAGGGGCUGGAGAGAGCUGGCAUCCCGCUCGAAAAGCUGCAGCGCUCCCAGACGGCCGUGUACGUGGGCGUCAUGAGCGCCGACUACACGGAGCUGCUGGCGCGCGACAUUGACGCCUUCCCGACCUACUUUGCGUCGGGAACGGCCAGGAGCAUCCUUGCCAACCGCAUCUCGUACUUCUUCGACUGGCACGGCCCGUCCAUGACCGUUGACACGGCGUGCUCCUCCAGCCUGUUCGCUCUGCACCUGGCCGUGCAGAGCCUCCGCGCGGGCGAAUCGCCCACCGCCGUCGUGGCCGGUGCCAACUUGGUGCUGGCACCGGACCAAUUCGUCGCCGAGAGCAAGUUGAACAUGCUGUCCCCCGACGGCCGGUCUCGCAUGUGGGACAAGGAGGCCAAUGGAUACGCGCGGGGAGACGGCGUGGCCGCUCUGGUGCUCAAGACGCUCAGCUCUGCCCUCGCCGACGGAGACUCGAUCGAGUGCAUUAUCCGGGAGACGGGCAUCAACCAGGACGGCCGCACCAAGGGCAUCACCAUGCCCAGCCCCACUGCCCAGGCCAACUUGAUCUGGUCCACUUACAAGAACGCGGGGCUGGACCUGUCCAAGCCCGAGGACAGACCGCAGUACUUUGAGGCCCAUGGAACGGGCACGCCUGCCGGUGACCCGGUCGAGGCUGAGGCCAUACGCACGGCUUUUUUCGGCCCAGUCUCGGGCUUCCAGCGGUCGCAAUCCGACCCCCCUCUCUAUGUUGGCUCCAUCAAGACCGUCAUCGGCCACACCGAGGGGACCGCCGGUGUCGCUGGAGUCAUCAAAGGCUCCCUCGCGCUCCAGCACGGCAUUGUGCCGCCCAACCUGCUGCUCCACGAACUCAACCCCGCGGUCAAGCCCUUCUACGACGGGCUCAAAAUCGUCAAGCAGGCCGAGGAGUGGCCGGCCCUCCCCGAAGGGGUCCCCCGUCGUGCGAGCAUCAACAGCUUCGGAUUCGGCGGUGCCAACGCCCAUGCCAUCCUCGAGAGCUACAACGCGCCCACCCCUGCUUCCCAAGCGACCCAAGCGAGCCAGGCGGCUGGGACGACUUCUCAUCUGACCCCCCAUCUGACCCCUCAUCUGACCCCCUUCAACUUCUCUGCGUCGUCGGAGAAGGCCCUGACGAGGCUUCUCGGGGCCUACGCAUCACACCUCCGAGCCAACCCCGCCACCGAUCUGGGCGAUUUGGCCUUCACUCUGAACACGCGCCGCUCCACGCUGCCUGUCCGCGUCACGGUGCCGGCGCUGACCGCCGACAGCUUGGCCUCGAAACUCGACGACUUGGCUAAGGCGCCGUCGGGAAUUGUCACGGCGAACAGUGGCGCAUCUUCCUACCGCUCGGACUCGCGAUAUCCUGCUCUGCUCGGCAUCUUUACCGGCCAAGGCGCCCAGUGGGCUUCCAUGGGAGCAAAGCUGCUGGCCGGCUCCGCUAUUGCCGCCACCUCGAUCCGCCGCCUCCAGCAAGCCCUCGACAGCCUCCCUGCCGAGCACAGACCCGAGUGGACGCUGUGGGAGGAGCUGUCCAAGGGCGAGGCGUCUUCCCGGGUUGGCGAAGCAGCCUUCUCGCAGCCGCUCUGCACGGCAGUCCAGAUCAUCUUGGUGGACCUUCUCGAGGCAGCCAGCGUCCGGUUCAAAGCCGUGGUCGGCCACUCGUCGGGCGAGAUAGGCGCUGCCUAUGCUGCCGGGUACCUUUCGGGCGAGGAUGCCAUCCGCGUCGCCUACUACCGUGGCUACUUCCUCCACCUGGCAAAGGGCCCCCUGGGUUCUGGUGCCGGUGCCAUGAUGGCUGUCGGCACGAGCUACGAGGAUGCGCAGGCUUUGGUCGAGCUGGACGAGCUCGCCGGCCGCAUCACCAUCGCCGCCUCCAACUCGCCAGAGAGCCUCACGCUGUCAGGCGACCUAGAGGCCAUUGAAACAGCAAAAGCGAUCCUCGAGGACGAAAACAAGUUCGCCCGGCUCCUCAAAGUCGACAAGGCCUAUCACUCGCACCACAUGUUCCCCGCUGCCGGUCCGUACACGGAGGCCCUAGCCAGCAUUGGCAUCAAGGCCCGGCCCCGGCUCGACGGCCGCGAGCGUCCCGCCUGGAUCUCCAGCGUUUAUGCCGAGGAUGCCCAGUCACUGUCGCUGGGACACGAGGCGCUGGGACACGAGGCACUGGGACACGGGGCACUGGGACACGAGGCACUGGGACCCGAGGCACUAGGACCCGAAUACUGGGCGCAAAACAUGGUUGGCCAGGUCAAAUUCUCGCAGGCCGUCGAGCAAGCCGCCAGUGCCUUGGGGCCCUUUGACCUCGGCCUCGAAGUCGGACCCCACCCGGCGCUCAAGAGUCCCGCCCUGCAGACCAUCCAGGCGGUGUCAGGCCAACCCAUCGCCUACGCCGGCCUGCUGCGCCGUGGAGCCAACGAUCUGGAGGCCUUUGCCGAAGGAUUGGGCUCCAUCUGGCAAUCUCUUGGGGCAGGAAAAGCAGGCCUUGAGAAAGCAGGCCUUGAGAAAGCCUCGUCGUCUGGCCGACGGCCGCCGAAGCUGCUCAAGAACCUCCCCUCGUACGCUUGGGAGCAUGACCGCAUCUACUGGCACGAAUCUCGCUGGUCCAGGGCCUUCCGCACCGGCGGGCAGCCCCCUCACCAGCUGCUCGGCACCCGGGCCCCAGACGGCACGGAAGGCGAAGUCCGCUGGAGGAACCGUCUGCACCCCCGCGAGGUCCCCUGGCUGGUGCACCAUCAGGUUGACCGCCAGAUUGUCUUCCCGGCGGCGGGCUACCUGUCGGCCGUCGUCGAAGCCGUCGCUCAGCUCCAUGGCGUCGAAUCCAUCCAGCUGCUCGAAUUCCAGCAUGUCGUCAUCGGCCAGGCGCUGGUGCUCGAGGAGAACUCGGAUGUCGAGACGCAGCUCAGCCUGCGCACGACCGAGACCCUCGGAGAAGACGGCAGCAUUGGCGCCGUCUUUGCCUUCUACUCGGCCUCCAACAAGGACUCGGUCAGCAUGGUCAAGAACGCAUCCGGUCGUGUUCGCGUCACCCUGGGGACGCCGUCCCGCGAGGUCCUACCCAGCCCCCACAAGCCCGAGCGCGAGUUUCUGGACGUCGACCCGGACCGCUUCUACAAGACGGUCGGCGAGCUGGGAUUUGGCUACGCGGGGCCGUUCCGCAAGCUCCGGGCCACACGGCGGAGGCUAGACGAGUCGGCCGGCUUGAUCCAGACCCCGGACGCUCACGAGGACGCGGGAGAGGGAGGCUCUCGGCUGAUCCUCCACCCCGGCACCCUCGACUGCGCCAUCCAGUCCAUCAUCCUAGCCUACAGCUAUCCCGGAGACGGCAAGAUGCGGUCCAUUUAUCUGCCCACGGCUAUUGACAAGCUCCGCAUCAACGUGUGGGCCAGCGCCGAGCUCAAGGGGCCGCCUGGAUCCGAGCUGCCGUUCUACGCAUCUAUCGCCGGGUCCCAGGCCCAGGGCGACCUCGCCGGAGACGUCGAGAUGCACUCGGCCGACGGCGCGACGACCCUCGUCCAGCUCCAGGGCCUGCACACGACCCCGUUGACUGUGCCGGCCCCCUCCAACGACGCCAAGCUCUUCUUCGAGACGACGUGGGACGCCGAGGCCCCCGUGGGCAACCAGUCCCUCUGGGACUCGGAUGGCGUCGACCAGUCCGACAGCUUUGCCCUGUCGUUUUCCCUCGAGCGUGUGGCGUACUACUACGUCCGCACGCUGGGCGAGGCGAUGCCUGCCCCCGAGCGGGCCCAUCUCGACUGGCACCACAAGAUCUUCUACCAGUACAUCGACACCGUCGUCGAAUGGGUAGCUUCCGGGACGCAUCCCUAUGCGAAGCCCGAGUGGGCCGACGACUCGCAAGACGAAAUCCUCUCCGUCAUGGACAAGUACCCAGACAGCAUCGACCUGCGCAUCAUGCGCGCCGUGGGCGACAACAUGGCGGCGGCGGCCCGCAACGAGAUGAACAUCCUCGAGGCAAUGAUGAAGGACAACAUGCUCAACGACUUUUACGCCUACGCCCUGGGCAUGGAGGAGUACCUUCUCGACAUGGCCCGCAUGAUCGGCCAGCUGAGCCACCGCUUUCCGCACCUGAGCGUGCUGGAGAUUGGCGCCGGCACCGGUGGCGCUACCGCCAUAAUCCUCGAGACGCUCCAGGGCUCCUUCUCGUCGUACACGUACACGGACAUCUCGAGCGGCUUUUUCGACAAGGCCCAGGACAAAUUCGCCAAGCACCGGUCCCGCAUGGCGUUCAAGGUCCUGGACAUUGAGCGGGACGUCAAGGAGCAAGGGUACGAGCCGCACUCGUACGACCUGGUCGUGGCCUCGCUCGUUUUGCACGCCACCCGCAGCCUCGAGGAGACCAUGAAGAACGCCCGCAAGCUGUUGAAGCCGGGCGGGCGUCUGCUGAUGCUCGAGCUGACGGACAACGACCCCAUCCGCUUCAGCUUCAUCUUUGGCGGGCUGCCGGGCUGGUGGCUCGGCUACGAAGACGGCCGGACGAUUUCUCCGUGCGUCGGGAUAGGCGAGUGGGAGGCUGUGAUGAAGAAGACGGGCUUCUCUAGCAUCGAGGCCAUCACUCCGCACAACACCACCUUCCCGCUGCCGCUCAGUGUCAUCAUCACCCAGGCCGUCGAUGAUCGUGUCGAGUUCCUCCGAGAGCCGCUUUCGCCGGCGGCUGAAGCGCUCGGGGCGCAGCAUCUCACCAUCGUCGGCGGCGAUCCCGGCGGCAAUACCGGACUCGUCUCCGACAUCUUUUCAGCCGCCGGCCGCCACUACCAGCAGCCCUUCAAGCACGUUUCUCUGCUGGCCGACGUGGCACAGCACGAGCUUCCCUUCCUCGGCAGCGUGGUGAGCCUCGUCGACCUCGGCGCCGAGCCGGCCUUUGAGUCGGUGUCGGCCGAGAAACUGUCGGGGCUUCAGGCCAUAUUCCGACAGAGCAAGAACAUCCUCUGGGUGACAGUCGGCGGGCUAGCAGACAGCCCCUACCGGAACAUGUACCGCGGCCUCCAGCGCAGCGUCGUCAAGGAGCUGAAGCACAUCCGCGUUCAGCUCCUCGACUUUGCGUCGGAAGCCGAUAUUUGUGCCGACGAGAUCGCUAGCCGCCUCCUGCAGCUCGAAGCGGCUAGCCGCUGGGAGCAGGAUGGCCGGUUGAGCAACCUGCUCUGGUACCAGGAGCCCGAGAUCGUCGUCCGCGGCGGCAAGGCCCUGGUUCCGCGCGUGAGGCCAAGCACGCAGCGGAACCAGCGGUACAACUCGGGCCGACGCCGCAUCACCGAGGACAUCCGCCUUGACACGUCGGCGGUGGUGUCCAUCCGGAGCGCUGGGAACGGGGGCUUCACGGUCGAGAAGAGCGGCGACGUAGCACCCACGGCAGCCACGCUCGGUCACGAUCGCGUGGACGUCCGCCUGUCGCAUUCGCUCAUCAGCCCGAUCAAGCUGCCAGAUGGAAGCUCCCUGUAUUUGUCUGCCGGCAGGAAUGUCGCGAGAGACGGCCACCGCGUCAUUGCGCUAUCCGAGACGCUCGACUCUGUCGUCCGCAUCCCCCGAGGCUGGGCCGUCUCCAUCUCUGGGGAAGCCGCCGCCGAAUGCGACGGGCAAGGAGAACUCGAGGCCAGACGGGCCCUUGUCGGCUUGUAUACCCAUCUUGUCGCCGAUGGGAUUCUCGGGGGCGCACGCCCCCGCGACGUGGUUGCGGUGCUCGACCCCGGCUUCUCGCUGGGAAAUGCCCUGGUUCCGCUCGCGGCUGAGAAGGGCGUCCAGCUGGUCUUGUUCACGAGCACCACCACCACCGCUGCUCCGGGGGGCACCGCCGCUGCUCCGGGGGUCAGGCUCUCCCCGCCGUGGGUCCCCGUUCACCCGCGAGCCUCGAAGCAGGGGCUGCAGAGGCUGGUUCCUGCGAAGCCAACACGCUUCGUCAUCAUGGGCGGCUCUGACGAUCUCGCGGCUGCGUUUGUGUCCGCGUUGCCGUCCGGAUCGACGGUUGAUCGACACGCCUUGCAGGAUCGACACGCCUUGCAGGAGACGUUCACUCUGCUGUCUCGACAGCUUCGCGCCAUCUUCAAGCGGCGUGGGCGCGGUUCGCCGGCGAACACACAAGCGUCGCUGCCCUCGGCGACGCUCGAGGAGGUUGCGUCGGGUUCUGCCCUUCGAUCCGGCUCCGCGCAGGCCAUCGUCGCGUGGUCUGCCUCGCCUCGCGUCCCCGUCCCAGUCUCUCCGGCGAGCAAAACGGUGUGGUUUGCUCCAAAUAGGACGUACUGGAUGGCUGGCCUGACGGGCAGCUUGGGCCUGUCGCUCGUGGAGUGGAUGGUUGGGCAGGGGGCUCGGUAUAUCGCCCUGUCGAGCAGGAACCCCAAGGUGGAUGAGGCAUGGCUGCGGGCCAUUGCGGCGCGAGGGGCCACGGUUGCCGUCUAUUCCAACGACGUUACGAGUCGGGACGACGUGCGUGAUCUGCACCGCCGGAUUCGCGAGACUCUCCCUCCCAUUGCCGGAGUCGCCCAGGGCGCCAUGGUGCUGCACGACUCGCUCUUCUCCGACGCCAACCUGGAGCGGCUGCAGAAGGUGCUGCGGCCCAAGGUGCAAGGCAGCAUCCACCUGGAUGAGAUCUUUUCCGAGGACAAUACGGACGAGAAGCUCGACUUCUUCGUCUUCUUCUCGUCGGUCGCGUACGUGACGGGCAAUGCCGGCCAGAGCGUUUAUGCGGCCGCCAAUGCCUUCAUGGCCAGCCUCGCCAACCAGCGCCGUGCUCGGGGUCUCGCUGCAUCUGUCAUCAACAUCGGAGCCAUCCUGGGCGCCGGGUACGUGUCGAGAGAGCUGACCGAGGAGCAACAAGAGUAUCUGCGCAAGGUUGGGCACAUGUGGAUGUCGGAGCAAGAUGCGCACGAGAUCUUUGCCGAGGGUGUCCGGGCCAGCAACCCCAAGUCCGCCGAGAGUCUCGAGUUUGAGACGGGCUUCCGGUCCGACAGGGACCGCGCACGAGAUCUCAAGGACGAACCCCCCAUGUUCCAGCAUUUGGGCGCCGGACUAGGCGAUGACGUCUCGGCGGCGGGCGAUCCCAAGACCAGACGACAAAGCGUCAAGACCAAGGCCCGCUUGCUGAAGGCCACAAGCCACGAGCAGGUGUUUGAUGUCCUGAAAGAGGGCUUUCUCUUGAAGCUGCAGGUGGCUCUGCAGUCCGACCCCGCCAGGUCAACGCUGGAUGCGAGCCUCGACGAGCUCGGCGCCGACUCUCUCGUGGCCGUCGACAUCCGCUCGUGGUUCCUCAACGAGCUUGGAGUCGACUUGCCCGUCUUGAAGAUCCUCAACUCCCCGUCAGUGCGCGACCUCCUCGUCUCGGCCCAGGAACUCCUCCCAGCAACUGCUAUUCCGAGCGCCCCUAGCGGCGCUGCCUCUGACGCCGCCAGCGCUGCCGCUGCCGCUGCCGCUGCCGAUGCCGCCAAGCCAGUGCGAGAGUCCGAUGCCGCCAAGCCAGUGCGAGAGCCACAAUCCGUGGGGCCAAUCUCCGACCCACCCGUAUCGGAGUCUGCAUCUCGGAGAUCUUCCAGUCCGCUUUCUCCAUCCGGCUCCGAGAGCGCGGCAACAUCUCAGAACGCGUAUCCUCCCUCAACAGUACCGUCCGAGAUUGGCGACACCAUUGACUCGACGGAGCCGGCUGAUGGCAAGCUCCAAGGAAAACAGCCAACGCUGCCUGCCGCAUCCCUAGACCUCACAAACGCCGUGCCAACGCUGCCUGCCGCAUCCCCGGACCUCACAAACGCCGUGGCAUCGAGGCUUCCCCCUGCCGCCCAGCGAACUGCGCCCCUAUCCUUUGCCCAGUCUAGGUUCUGGUUUCUCAGGCGCUUUGUGGGAGACCAGACGGCCUUCAACAUCACAACCGUGAUAAAACUGCGCGGCAAGGUCGCGGCCGAGUCGCUGGCGAACGCCGUCGCCGCCGUUGGCCAGCGGCACGAAGCCCUCAGGACGUGCUUCACCGUCGAUGAAGCCACCAAGACGCCGCUGCAGCUUGUUCUUCCCACCUCGGCGCUGCGCCUCGAGCAGGCCGCCAUUUCGGACGAGACGGAACUGGACGAGGCUGUCCGGCGGCUCAAGAGCCACGUCUACGACAUCGAGCACGCCGAGGCCCUCCGCAUCCAGCUUCUCACGCUGUCUCCGGAGCAGCACUACCUCCUCCUAGGCUACCACCACAUCUACCUUGACGGCAUCGGCUAUGUUGUCCUCAUCUCCGACCUGGAGAGUGCGUAUGGUGGCGACUUGGCCGCCACACCUGCCGCUGCCGAGGUGCUUCAAUACCCAGACUUUGCCCAGAAGCAGAUCCGGGAGUACGAGAGCGGUGCGUGGUCCGGCGAGCUGUCCUUUUGGCGCCAGCAGUUUGCCGAGCUUCCCAAGCCGCUUCCGCUGCUGCCUCUGGCCGGCCUGCAAGCUCGGCUUAGCGCCUCGCGGUUUGGCUCCCACACUUCGGGCUUCCGAGUUGAUCGUGGUCUCGCCGAUAAGAUUAGCCAGGUCGCGCGCCGGUUCAAGGUGACGCCGUUCCAUCUCCACCUGGCCGUCUUCCAGGUCCUGCUGUACCGCUACGUGGGUGACGAGCAGGGCAAAGACGUGGUCGUCGGCGUGGCCGACGGCAAUCGCAAGGAAGCCAACGUCUUGCGCAGCCUGGGCAUCUUUCUGAACCUGCUGCCGCUGCGCCUCCGUCUCCCGCGCGGCCCCAAGCAGACGUUCUCCGACACGCUGCGGGAUGUGCAGACGGUAGCCCAGGCCGCCUUUAGCAACUCGCGCGUGCCCUUUGACGUCUUGCUCAACGAGCUCAACGUGCCGCGGGCGCCAUCCCACAGCCCGCUCUUCCAGGCCUUCCUGAACUACCGACAAAACGUGCAGGAGGCGCGCAGCUUCCUGGGAUGCGAGGGCGAGCUCGACAUUGUCGCUGCCGGCCAGACCGACUACGACAUCAGCCUUGAUGUUCUCGAUCUCGGCGCCAGCGGCGGAGAGAGUCUCAUUACCGUGGCCGUCCAGAAAGAUCUCUACGCCCCGGAGGCGGCCGAGAGGUUGGCCGCUAGCUAUCAGGUUCUCCUGCGCCAGUUCGUCGACAACCCCGCCGCCAGGGUCACCGGGCCCGCGCUCCAUCUCCGAGAAGAUGUUGACAGGGCUGUCGCUUUGGGCCGAGGUAAGAGACAAGACGCUGCGUACCCAUCCAUUGUGCACCGCAUCGACGUGAUAUCAGAGAAAUACGCCCACAGGAUCGCGCUGAGAGACGCCUUGGGAAACACCCUGACGUAUCAGAGCCUGUCCGAGCGGGUUGACGGCAUUGCGGAGCAUCUCACCGCCCAGGGCAUCGGGAGCGGCUCCGCCGUUGGCGUGUUCCAGGCCGCCGGUGCUGACUGGAUCGCGUCAGUGCUGGCUAUCCUCAGAGCGGGGGCAGCCUACGUACCGUUGGAUCCAAAGGUCGGCCUGGAGAGGCUUUCGCUGGUUAGCAAAGACAGCCGGAUCGCCGCCGUCUUGGUAGAUACCCAGACCGUGACCGCCGAGUUUACCCAGCGGCAGCGCGAUUCCGGGGUCGCCGUCGCGAACGUGUCCGACAUCCAACCAGCACCUCGGCCGCACAGAUCCCCGAACCGCGCCCGGCCUGCAGAUGUGGCCGUCGUCAUGUACUCCAGCGGCUCGACCGGCGUUCCCAAGGGCGUCUCCCUGCUGCACUCCAACAUCAGCAGCUACGCCGACACGGCUCACCUGGGCUGGGGCCUGCGCGAAGGCCAGGAAACCUUCCUCAACCAGGCCUCGUACACCUUCGACGUGUCCCUCCAGCAGACCAUCGUCGCGCUCGGCCUCGGCAGCACCGUCGUGGUCAUGAGCAGCGCCGCACGCGAAGAUCCCGCCGCCUUGUCCAAGUUGGUGGCGUCCGAGAACAUCACGGUAACGGGGGCAACGCCGACCGAAUACCAGGCGUGGGCGCGUCAUUGGAGCCCGGAGCUUCUCAAGAGCUCGUCGUGGCGGGUGGCCUUUACGUGGGGUGAGCCCGUGUCCAAGCAACAGAUCCGCGCCUUCCGCCUCCUUGGCAAGCCCGACCUCGGGCUGAUCGAUGCCUAUGGUCCGGCCGAGGCGACCAUCACGUCAGCUCACGGGGACAUCCCCUGGGCUCGGGCCCGUGCGGUCGACGGCGUGCCUGGCCAUCCCAGAUUCCCCCUAGUCGCCACGCCCAACACGUCCGUCUACAUCGUCGACGGCAACCUCGACCCCGUCCCUGCCGGUGUGCUGGGCCAGGUGGUCCUCGGCGGCGCUUCGGUUGCCAAGGGCUACUUGAACGACGAAGCCCUGACAGCGAGCAGGUUCGUGGCCGACAGGUAUGCGAGCUCGUACUUCCGAGCGCAGGGCUGGUCCAGAGCGCACCUGACAGGAGAUCGCGGACGGCUGACGGCAGACGGCCGGCUGAUCCUCCACGGCAGGAUUGAGGGGAGCACUCAGGUGAAGCUGGCCGGGAUCCGGAUAGAACUCCAGGAUGUUGAGGCCACCAUUCUCAACGCCAAUGCUGCCGUGCUUCAGGCCGUCGUGUCGGCCCGCCGGAGCCCUGGCUCAGGCACACCUUUUCUCGUCGCUUUUGUCGUCCUGUCUGACCGUCUCGGCGACGCCUCCGAGAGAGCCCGCCUGCUGGAGCAGCUGCCGAGCACGCUCCCGCUCCCCCCGUACAUGAGACCGGCUAUCGCUGUCGCCGUAGACCGCCUCCCUACCAACAGCUCCGGGAAGCUGGAUCGCCGCGCCGUCGACGCGUGGCCGCUGCCGACUUCCAGCGACGGUGGAGGAGAAGGACAAGCCAAGGCGGCUCUCGCGGGUCUCUCCGAGCUCGAAGACGCCCUCGCUCGUCUCUGGCGUGACGCCCUCCCCCAAGGGCUGCCGCGGCCCCAGAGUUCUCUGGACAGCCAGUCGGAUUUCUUCCACGUCGGGGGGAGCUCUCUGUCGCUGAUCAACCUCCAAGACCUGAUCAAGGAGCGCUUCCACAUCUCCGUGUCGCUGCACAAACUCUUCCAGUCCAGCUCUCUGGGCGGCAUGGCGGCCGCGAUUCGAGAGCUCCGGACCGAAUCCGGAUCCGAUGGCGGCGGCGCUGCCGACACCGCCGCCCCAGCCGUCAUAGACUGGGAGCAAGAGGCUGCCCUCCCCUUGGACCUGCAACCCGAGCAUGGCGAUCGCGAUAGCGAAGCAAUCGUCCCCCCCGGCCGGCCGCCAGCCAUCAUCGCGCUCACCGGCGCUACGGGCUUCAUCGGUCGCGGGAUCCUCCAGCAGCUAAUCAACAACGCCGCCAUUUCCAAAGUCCACCUCCUCGCCGUGCGCAAGCAGCCAUCCCAGCUGCCCCCGGACUCGCAAUCCCUCUUCGCCCACCCAAAGGUGACCAUCUACCCCGGAGACCUCGGAGCGCCGCGCCUCGGCCUCACCCCCUCCCAAAUCUCCUCCAUAUUCUCCACCGUCGACGCCGUCAUCCACGCCGGCGCCGACGUCUCCUUCCUCAAGACCUACCAUACCCUCCGUCUCGUCAACGUCGCGUCGACGCGCGAACUCAUCCGCCUCUCUACGAGGCGCCGGAUACCAUUCCACUUCGUCUCGUCCGCCACCGUCGCCCGCCUCGCCGUCGCCCGCGGCGCCGACAGCCUCGGUCGCGAAUCCGUUCGUCGCUAUCUCCCCACAGCGGCCGACGCUGAAGGCGACGGCUACGUCACGGCCAAGUGGGUCAGCGAGGUUCUUCUGGAGAAUGCUGCGGCGCAGACUGGUCUGCCGGUGUGGAUCCACCGGCCCACGAGCGUGACGGGGGAUGGGGCGAGUGAGAGGGACUUGAUGAGCAAUGUGUCGCGGUAUAUUCGGAAGCUCGGAGCGGUCCCAGACACGCGCGGGUGGAAGGGGAAUUUCGACUUUGUCGAGGUCGGGAAGGUGGUUGGGGAUAUUGUCGGGGCCGUUGUGCAUGGUGAUGAUGUCGAUGAGGAGAGGGCAGAAGGAGGAAACCCGCGUUUCCGGUUCCAGUCUGGGGAUGUUCCAGUCUCUGGGGACGAGAUCGCGCCAACUGGCGGUUCAGAGGGCGGCGAGGAGAAAGGGUUCCAAGUGCUACCGUUUGGCGAGUGGGUUGACAAGGCAGAGGAGGCCGGGCUGGAUGGGCUGCUGGUGUUGUAUCUGCGCCGCGCAGAGCAGGGGCAGCUGCUGAUACCCAACCUGAGGAAGGAUUGAAUAAUUGGUGGGAGCGGAGGUGUCAUCAUGUGGCGCUCGAAUUGUGUGUUUUGUGUGUGGGUGUCAUUCAGUGGGUGGCUUGGGUGUUGAUGGGGGUGGUUGCAUUAAAACCGCGUUGAGGGCUGGGCCGGCAUUCGUCUUUCGCUUGUCAUCUCUUACGGGUUUAUUUCGCUUGUCAUCUCUUACGGUUUAUUUCUGUUGGAACAGCGGCAUUCAUGACCGUACUUUUGGUGCAGUGAGGUAGCGCAAGGCACGUGCCGAUCCACCAAAACCAAGCUCCCCAGAAACCUUAGUUACUGUUGGAGCAGCGGCAUUCAUGAC